GCGCCGGUGGGAGCCCCACGCGCCGCCGGAGGUGAGGAGGCGGCGGCCACGACCUCUGUGCCAGGGUCUCCGGGUCUGCCUGGGAGCCGCAGUGCAGAACGGGCCCUAGAGGAGGCCGUGGCCACAGGGACCCUGAACCUGUCUAACCGGCGCUUGAAGCACUUCCCCCGGGGCGCGGCCCGCAGUUAUGACCUGUCAGACAUCACCCAGGCUGACUUGUCCCGGAACCGGUUUCCUGAGGUGCCUGAGGCAGCAUGCCAGCUGGUAUCCUUGGAGGGCCUGAGCCUCUACCACAACUGCCUGAGAUGCCUGAACCCAGCCUUGGGGAAUCUCACAGCCCUCACCUACCUCAACCUCAGCCGAAACCAGUUGUCAUUGCUGCCACCCUAUAUCUGCCAGCUGCCCCUGCGGGUGCUCAUUGUCAGCAACAACAAGCUGGGAGCCCUGCCUCCUGACAUCGGCGCCUUGGGAAGCCUGCGACAGCUUGAUGUGAGCAGCAAUGAGUUGCAGUCCCUCCCUGCAGAGCUGUGUAGCCUCCCUUCCUUGCGGGAUCUUAAUGUGCGGAGGAACCAACUCAGCACCCUGCCUGAUGAGCUGGGGGACCUUCCUCUUGUCCGUCUGGAUUUCUCCUGUAACCGUAUCUCCCGCAUCCCGGUCUCCUUCUGCCGCCUCAGGCACCUGCAAGUUAUUCUGCUGGACAGCAACCCCCUGCAAAGCCCUCCUGCUCAGAUCUGCCUGAAAGGGAAACUUCAUAUCUUCAAGUACUUGUCCACUGAGGCUGGGCAGCGUGGGUCUGCCCUGGGGGAUUUGGCCCCUUCUCGCCCCCCAAGUUUCAGUCCUUGCCCUGCUGAGGAUUUAUUUCCGGGACGUCGGUAUGAUGGCGGACUGGACUCGGGCUUCCACAGUGUUGACAGUGGCAGCAAGAGGUGGUCUGGAAAUGAGUCCACAGAUGAAUUUUCAGAGUUGUCAUUCCGGAUAUCGGAGCUGGCUCGAGAGUCUCGGGGUCCAAGAGAACGGAAGGAGGAUGGCUCUGCUGAUGGAGACCCUGAGCAGAUUGACUUCAUUGACAGCCAUGUCCCUGGGGAGGAUGAAGAACGAAGUGCUGCUGAGGAGCAGCGGACACCUGAAUUAAGCUCUGUGACAGGGGAUGGAGAGAGGGCACCUGGCACCAGGCGGGAGGAGCCAGCUGGGGAAGAACGGCGGCGCCCAGAUACCUUGCAGCUGUGGCAGGAACGGGAGCGGCAGCAACAGCAGCAACAGCAGCAGCAGCAGAGCGGGGUGUGGGGGGUCCCCAGGAAGGACAGUUUUCUGAAGCUGGGGUCCAGGGCUGCUGGGGGUGGUGUUGCCGCUUCGUCUACCCAGGCCACCUAUAACGGCAUGCCCAAGUCUAAUGUCACCCAGCUGGGAGCUUCAGGGGGUCAGGGAGCCCAUGCCACUGUCCCCACCUCGCAGGAGCCCCUUCCUAUAGCAGAACCAGCGACAACACCUGCUCCCCGGCCACUUGGCUCCAUUCAGAGACCAAACAGCUUCCUCUUCCGCUCUUCUUCUCAGAGCGGCUCAGGCCCUUCCUCACCAGACUCUGUCUUGAGACCUCGGCAAUCCCCCCAGGUUCCAGACAAAAAGGAAUUAAUGGCUCAACUGCGCCAGAUCCUUGAGUCACGGCUGCAGAGGCCCCUGUCAGAGGACCUGGCUGAGGCCCUGGCCAGUGGGGUCAUCCUCUGUCAGCUGGCCAACCAGCUGCGACCCCGCUCUGUGCCCUUCAUUCAUGUGCCCUCACCUGCUGUGCCAAAACUUAGUGCCCUCAAGUCACGGAAGAAUGUGGAGAGUUUCUUAGAAGCCUGUCGGAAAAUGGGGGUUCCUGAGGCUGACCUGUGCUCGCCCUCGGAUCUCCUCCAGGGCACCACCCAGGGGCUGCGGACCACAUUGGAGGCUGUGAAGUGGGUGGGGGGCAAGGCCCCCCCACCCCUCUGGCCCCCUGCUGGUCUGGGCGGCUUCAUCUUCUUCUACGUGGUCUUCAUGCUGCUGCUCUGUGUCGUCUACACUCGGCUCCUGGGUUCCUAGGACCCGAAGUUACCCUUCCCCAACCCCUGUUCUAUUUAUAAGACUCCUGCUCAGUCCCUUUUCCCUACCGGCAGUGCCUUCAGCCCCUACCAAAGACACUAGUGAACCCUUCUUUUACAGACACUGACCUCAGAGGCCCCACUCUGGUGUCCCCAGACCCUGGGCCCCCAGCCUCUGGCCUCCCUCCAAUAGCCCUUCACAUGUCCUCACUCUCAGUGCUGAUGGUGCCUUCGUGCCCUCUCUGCCCCUGCCCUCUGUUCCCUCGGAGGGCUAGCAGGAGCUUGAAUCUUGCCCUUCCUCUUGCUCCUGCCCUCUCCCUCCCAUGGCUGGCUGCUAUGGGGGCUAAAUUAUCUCUGUUUUGUAGAGAAUUCUUAUUUGUAGGGGAUGCAAGGGCCCAGGCUGGGUUCCUGUCCCUGUGUAUAAACUGUACAGACUGUG